AUGCCUCCUGUGGCCGAGGAACUUGUUCGGAGAGUGCCCGAGUUCGGUGAGCCGUCUAUAGGAGUUGCUAUUCACUGGACGGACCCAAAGGACAUCCUCUCUGUUCUCUUCAUCCUCGGCGGCGAUCUCGUUGAACAUGCCUUUGCUCAGCUUGUUGGGACUCCGGUUCCACCGGUUGCUUUCUCGUUUGGGAUCACGACUACUGGAAACACAAGGACGUCCCAUCACCAUCUCAAAGGCAACAUUACUCGAAAAUGGGACCAGAUGAAACUUGACAGUAUAACCACUCAUGGCACCUGUGCCAAAGUCAAAAAACCUAAGAAAGCUGGCCUCUGUGUAUCUAUAUACAAGGCUAAGGAGGAAGGCCUGGGUCGACCGAAAAGAGAUAAAUUCGACUACAGCGGCAUGUUCACUACACUCCUCCAGCUUGCGCUUUCAGCGGUUCCACUAAUGAGAGAAGGCGACUGGUCACCAUUCCUAACAACCUUGAGCGGUGCUUUGCUGUCUAUCAUAUCAGGUUGCUUGCGGCAGUGGCGGCGGGAGAAGUGGCCGUGUUGCGCAAGCUCGGAGAAGACAGUGGUUUUGACAAAAGGCGCUGGCUGUCAACAUGCUAUUGCCAUUAUUGGAGAUGGGCGCGGCUUCGACCUUGAAGAAAUGGCUGUGGGUUCAGAGGAGAGAGACUUACCUUGUGACCUCUUCACCAGAGUUGCAGUUUUCAUCCUCGCUGUACUCUGGGUCCUGCUUGUUAUAUUCGCAGCUGGGCUCAAAACUAAUGCUUGGUAUGUCAUCACAGCAGGCGGCAUGGGAACCAUCCAGAAUGCAUACGUUGUUGGAGGUAAACGCACACCAGAGUCCUUCGGCUUGCCUCUCGAGUUUCUGGAUGUUAUCGGCGAGCUUGGUGUUAUGGAUACCUUGCUUGCUGUAGAAGAGAAAUACCCUAACCUUGGGAGCAAUAUGGCAGCUAACGUAAACCAAUAUGGCGGUGCUACGGCUUACCGGGGACAGACGACUAGCUAUGCUAGCACUUAUGAAGUUCCACAAGAGUUCCAUGAUGGUUCCAGAAGAAGGGUGUUUGGGAAGGAGACAAUGGCGAAUAGUUAUUAUCUAAUGGAUAUAGUCGGCCCCUCCUCCUCGCAGUCCUUACGAAUAUACGUCUCUGAUAUGAGUAAAAUGACGGGCUAUAAGCCCACGCCUCAGCCGCAGUAA